UCAGUCACAGUGACGGGUUGGUACCUUACCUAAGAUAGAUGGGCGGGGCAGCGUUUUCGUGAUUUUACACGUACAUGCCAAAAAAGUGCCCCUCCUGUCCUAACUCGUCGCACAGGUUCCACAGGUUGCACACUCGCGACAGCCAAGGGCCCUCACUUUCCCCUUUGAUCGACUCCUGGUUACACCGCGCAGGCGCUGGUCAUGUCAGGUAUUUGGAAUUAUUGGGCGCUGCUGCCAUUUCUAAAUGAUCUACACGAUGCCUGGCAGCAAGUCCGUGUGCCAGUUCUCCUCUCCGUCGCGUUUAGUCUUGUGCUGCUCCGAAUCUAUUUGCGUGCGAAGGGAGGGACGCCUGAAUUAAAAACCUUGCCCCGGAAAUUCGCCGACAACCCUGCCACCGGGAAGGAGAGCCUUGUACGAGAUGCGAAGAUAAAACCACAAACGGAGACGACUGCGGAAAAAGAAACGAAGCCAGUCAAGUCGCAAGGCCCAAAGAGAGUCAAGGGAGGAAUUGUGAAACGUCGCUCGUCCGAUGGCGAGCGGAAUGACCAGGGACCACGGCAGAUUCAACCGCUAGUUUUCUUUUCUAGCAUUACGGCCAAUACCCCCAAGAUAUCCCACGAAUUUGCCCAGCGCCUCCAUGCAGACCUGCAUCCCGUAUCAUCUAGUACCGGAUGCACUUUCCUAAGCCCCGAGGUUCUCGACCUCGCCGAAAUCGAUUUGGACGACUACUUCGUGGCCCCUCCAAAGGCCAAGGAGGGAAUCGAACUCUUAUACCUCUUCCUCUUUCCGAGUUACAACAUUGAUACGAUAAACGACACGUUCCUUGAGCACCUCAAAGAGACUCACCAUGACUUUAGGAUUGACACGGCUCCGUUGUCGUCCCUCCUAGGCUACUCCGUCUUCGGCUUUGGAGACCGUGAGGGCUGGCCCACUGAGCAGGAGGGCUUCUGUUUCCAAGCCAAGGAACUCGACAAGUGGAUGGCAAAGCUCACUGGCCGGAAACGAGCCGCCCCGAUUGGAAUGGGAGAUACGAAGCGGGACUACGCCCGGAGACUAGCCGAAUGGUCUGAAGGUGUCGUCGAUAUCCUCCAGCAACUGGCCAAGACAGGAAGCUUGGGGGAGGGCUUGCCCGGGAGCGGCGCACCCGUGGAAAGCGACGAGGAGGACAUUGAAGAUGUUGACGACGAGGAUGACGGGGAAGUCCAAGUGGAUGACUCCCGGACGAAGCCCCAGAAGCCGAAGAAGGUCAAGAACGUUGAAGACGUUGAGGAUCUGGGUCGCAUCAUGAAGGAGUCCCGUAGUGAUCUUGACUCCUCCGCUAACAGAGGGGCGCCCAUUGCUGUCGAUUUCACCACGUACGAUAAAUCGACCACCAGCAAAGGGAGAGCCGCCGCGCAGCCAACAAUCAAAGAGAUGGUGCCGAAGAACUCGCCAACAUAUGCCUCCCUCACCAAACAGGGCUACACCAUCGUUGGCUCGCACUCAGGCGUCAAGAUCUGCCGCUGGACCAAAUCGGCGUUGCGGGGCCGGGGUUCAUGCUACAAGUUCUCAUUCUACGGGAUUGCGUCCCAUCAGUGCAUGGAGACAACCCCUUCUUUAUCCUGCUCGAACAAGUGCGUCUUUUGCUGGCGUCACGGCACGAAUCCCGUCGGCACCAAGUGGCGCUGGGUCGUGGAUCCGCCCGAGGCCAUCUUCGAGGGCGUCAAGGCCGGCCACUAUCAGAAAAUCAAGAUGCUGCGAGGCAUGGCCGGCGUCCGCGCCGACCGGUACGCCGAGGCCCUCCGCAUCCGCCACUGCGCCCUCUCCCUGGUCGGCGAGCCCAUUUUCUACCCGCAUAUCAACGAGUUCCUCGCCAUGCUGCACGCCGAGCGCAUCUCGUCUUUCCUCGUCUGCAACGCCCAGCACCCGGACCAGCUCGCCGCGCUGAAAGCCGUCACGCAGCUCUACGUCUCCAUCGACGCGUCGAACCGCGAAUCGCUGCGCCGCAUCGACCGCCCGCUCCACCGGGACUUCUGGGAACGAUUCCUCCGCUGCCUCGACAUCCUCCGCGAGCGCCGCCAAAAGCAACGCACCGUCUUCCGGCUCACCCUCGUCAAGGGGUUCAACGUCGACGACGAGGUCGAGGGCUACGCCAACCUCGUCGAGCGGGGGCUGCCGUGCUUCGUCGAGAUCAAGGGCGUCACCUACUGCGGCACCGCCACGGCGGCCAACGCCGGCUUGUCCAUGAGCAACGUCCCGUGGUACUGGGAGGUGUGCGACUUUGUCAAGGCCCUCGAGAAGCGGCUGGCCGAGAAGGGGCUCCGGUACGGCAUCGCGGCCGAGCAUGCGCAUAGCUGCUGCGUCCUGCUGGCGAGCGAGCGGUUCCGCGUCGACGGCAAGUGGCACACGCUCAUCGACUAUAAGAGGUUCUUCGAGCUGCUGGAGGAGCGCGGACCCGACGGCGACUGGCGGGCUGAGGACUACAUGGGUCCUGCGACGCCCGAAUGGGCUACCUGGGGGAAUGGAGGGUUCGAUCCUCGAGAUGACAGGGUUGAUAGGAAAGGAAGAAAGAUUGCAACUACAUAGUAGGCUGGGGUUUGUCCCCCCAAAAAAAGAAAAGAAAAAGGAAUUGGCACCGAGUAUGUUUCACUGUGAUUACCUGAUAUACGGUUGACUGUUAUUAUGGUGAGCUGGUGGUCAAAGGUUGGUGCAUUAUUGCCUUUUGUCUGCCUGACAUGUCAUGCUUUUCAACUUUUCCCAACAAGCACAACACACAACACACAACACACGCCCGAAUAGGUGAUCACAGGUGCCCCCUGGAACCAUAGAACCGUGGGCCAUAUACAAUGUGGUUCCUUCCCUUCCGUGCUUUUGCCCCCAU